AUGCUAGAUACUACAAAUUGGAUCGUCCAAAAAUUUGGUGGGACGUCAGUUGGUAAAUUCCCAGUGCAGAUUGUAGAUGAAAUCAUUAAAUUCUACUCGCAAUCUUUGAAUAAUAACGUUACUAUUGUUUGUUCAGCUCGUUCCUCAUACACUAAAGUGGAAGGUACUACUUCUAGAUUAAUCAAAUGCUGCGACCUAGCGUCACAAGAAUUAGAAUUCGAUGAUGUUAUUGAAGUCAUCAAGCAAGAUCAUAUCGACAACGCUGAAAAAUAUAUCAAUGAUCCUGUUUUACAAACGAGAUUAGUUACUGAUACUACUAACGAGUUAAAGCUUGUCAAAAAAUAUCUCGAUGCUUCUAAAGUUCUUGGUGAAGUCAGCACCCGUACUACCGAUUUAGUCAUGUCUGCUGGUGAAAAAUUAAGUUGUCUGUUUAUGACUGCUUUGUGUAAUGACCGUGGUGUUAAGGCUAAAUAUGUCGAUUUGACUCACAUCAUUCCAUCUGAUUAUAACGUUGCUCUAUUAGAUAACAGUUUUUACACAUUUUUGGUUCAAGCUUUAAAGGAAAAAUUGCAACCAUUUGUGGAAUCCUCCGAAAAGAUUGUGCCAGUGUUCACUGGUUUCUUUGGUUUAGUACCAAUGGGUCUUCUGAACGGUGUCGGUCGUGGUUACACAGAUCUUUGUGCUGCUCUGAUCGCUGUGGCAUUAAACGCAGACGAAUUACAAGUUUGGAAAGAAGUUGACGGUAUCUUCACCGCUGAUCCAAGAAAAGUUCCAGCAGCCCGUCUAUUGGGAUCUGUUACCCCAGAAGAAGCUUCUGAAUUGACAUAUUACGGCUCUGAAGUCAUUCAUCCUUUCACUAUGGAACAAGUCAUCAGAUCAAAGAUUCCUAUUAGAAUUAAAAACGUUCAAAAUCCAAGGGGUGACGGUACCAUCAUUUACCCUGAUAACAUUGCCAAGAGAGGUGAAUCCACUCCACCACAUCCACCUGAAACUUUAUCUUCAUCAUUUUUUGAAAAGAAGAAAAGAGGUGCCACUGCAAUCACAACCAAGAAUGACAUCGUAGUCAUGAAUAUUCAUUCUAAUAAAAAGACACUAUCGCAUGGUUUCUUAGCUCAAAUAUUUACCAUUUUGGAUAAAUUCAAGCUUGUGGUCGAUUUGAUUUCCACCUCAGAGGUGCACGUUUCAAUGGCUUUACCAAUCCCUGAUGCAGACUCUAUGAAAUCAUUAAGGAAAGCAGUUGAACAACUAAAAGCCUUGGGUACCGUAGAUGUCACGAAAAAAAUGUCUAUUGUUUCUCUUGUUGGUAAACAGAUGAAGCAAUUCAUUGGUAUAGCUGGUACUAUGUUCACUACUUUAGCUGAACAAGGUAUUAAUAUUGAAAUGAUUUCCCAAGGUGCUAAUGAAAUCAAUAUUUCGUGUGUUAUAGAUGAAAUUGACUCCAUAAAAGCUCUGCAAUCUAUCCAUGCUAAAUUGCUAGACGAGCGGAGACCUCUAACAGACGAUGAAAACACAUUUAUUAGUUUUGAACAUGCUGUAGAUGAACGGUUAGAACAAAUCAAGAGAUUAGAUUUAUAG